CUCCUCCUCCUCGUCGUCCGCGCGGCCGGCGGCUGGGCGGCGGCGUCGCCGGAGACGUACCUCGGGAGCCUCAUCAGCCUCACCUCCAAGAGCGAGAUCAGGUACGAGGGCGUCCUCUACAACAUCAACACCGAGGAGUCCAGCAUCGGCCUCCGCAAUGUGCGGUCAUUUGGAACCGAAGGCCGGAAGAAGGACGGGAUACAGAUUCCCGCUAGCGACAAGGUUUACGAGUACAUACUCUUCCGCGGAAGUGAUAUCAAGGAUUUGCAAGUUAAGUCGUCACCACCACAACCACCACCACCACAACCAGCUGCCCUGCACAAUGAUCCUGCCAUAAUCCAGUCACAUUAUCCUCAGCCAGCAUCGACUUCUUCAAGUUUGCCGACUGCUGGUGGUGCAGCUUUACCAGACCUCAGCUCCCAGCCAGCUCAAUAUGGGUUCCAGAGGCCAAGUUUUCAGAGUAAUAUUCCUCUGUAUCAACCAGGAAAUACUCCGUGGGGAUCUUCUGUCCCACCUGCUGGAAAUGGUGCAGGGCUCUCAGUCCCCCCGAUGUACUGGCAGGGAUACUAUGCACCUCCAGGUAGCCUUCCACAGCAUUUGCAGCAACCUCCUUUGCUUCAGCCCACACCUGGAUUAUCAGCUCCACAGACUUUCCAGUAUCCAGGGCUGAAUCCCUCUUUACAAUCUGGGCCACAGAAACUUUCAGAACUUCAGCCCCCCUUGUUACAACCAUCAGUUGCUGGUCAAGGCCCUUCCUCAAGUAUCAUGCCUGCUACGGCGGCACCUUCUGCUAGCUUAUUAGGUCCAGAAGCAUCAAAGCCUCUGCCGAACAUGGUACCUUUGUUUACUCCUCCGGUGCCAUCUCAUGUUACCUCCCUUCCUAUAGCCAGCCAGCCAAUUCCCAUGACUGAAACUAAUGCGACGGCAUCAAAGAACUUAAAUUCUGCUGCAAAUCCAAGCUCAACACUGUCAUAUCAAACAGUAUCGCAGGCAAUUUCUUCCACUGUUGCCUCAUCUAGUACAGCUGGAUUGGAGAUGCCAGCACCUUUGUUGGCAUCAUCUGGUCAACUAUUGCAGAAUGCUCCAUCCAUGCUUUCAUCAUCUCAGUCCAUGCAGACACCUUUACAGAUGAGCAGCAACAUUGCUAAGCCUGCUGACCCUAAAACACGGGUUGCCGAACCAUUGCUACCUGAUCCGCCGACACGUGCUCUACCUGAAAACAAUGAGCCUAUACUACCAUUGCCAAAACAGACACCACAAAAGUACAAUGGAGCUAGUUCACAGAGCCACCACAACUUUAGAGGCCGUGGAAGAGGUAGAGGCAGUAGUGCGCUGUCGCAAUCACUAACAAAAUUUACUGAAGAAUUCGAUUUCAUGGCCAUGAAUGAGAAGUUCAACAAAGAUGAAGUAUGGGGUAAUCUUGGUAAGAAAUCCCAGUCUAGGGAUAAAGAUGAGCUAGGAGAUGAUGUAUUUAAUGAAGACCUGGAGUAUGAUGAAACAGACAAUCCAGAGUUAGAUGUUAAGCCCGUCUACGUCAAGGACGAUUUCUUUGAUUCCCUUUCUGGUGGAACAUUUGGACGCGGAGGGCAAAAUGGAAGGCCUAGAUUUUCAGAACUGAGGAAAAUGGAUACAGAGACUUUUGGCGAUUUCCCAAGGCAUCGCCAGCCCUACCGUGGUGGUGGUCGGGGUUAUCGCGGCGGUGGUCGUUCCCGUGGGUCGUACUAUGGCGGCAGAGACUAUGGAAACAUGGGUGGUGGCAGAGACUAUGGAAACAUGGGAAGGGGUGGCCAGGAAAACUACUAUGGUGGAAGAGGAGGUGGCUAUGGAAACACGGGGAGGGGUGGUGGUCAGGAGAACUACUACGGUGGCAGAGGAGGCUACGGAAACACGGGGAGGGGUGGUGGCCAGGAGAACUACUACGGUGGCAGAGGAGGCUACGGGAACACGGGGAGGGGUGGUGGCCAGGAAGACUUCUGAGCGCGCCCGCUGUACCCCUGGUGUUGUAGCCUUUACCGCAGUGCAUCUCGCUCUUACCGUUCUGCAAAUAAACGCUCCUUGGCGUGUGGCCCUCGUCCCAGCAGCAGGGGGACCUGUGGGCUUGUAGUUGAUGUGGGUUGGUUCAUACACCCCUCUGGUGUUGUGUAAGAGCUGCCGGUGGACAGACGAGCAGCUGUCUGAUGCUUUGAGCGUGUACCGCGUGUCUGAGAUGUAGUUGUAUAGGCCGAUCUCGUACCUGGUACCGCAGCGCUGGGCUUUUAUCUCACACUCAGUAGCUCCUUUCUUGAUUUGCUUACUCUAGCUGUAUCUUGUUACCUGUUUUCAGUACUUGACAAAGAGUGCAUGUUAUUAUUGUUGCCAGGAUAUGGAUUCACAGGUCAUGUAAUACUACAUUUGUAAACACAACUGUUACAACUGAUGACAAGCUUUUAUUUAGUUCCCAUUUUAGUUUCC